AUGCGGCAAAAGGAACAGGCCGCUCUCAAAUCAUCGCUGCAAGAUCAACACGCUGCCUUUCCACCUCCUCUCGACCAGCUUCCGGACCAACCUCGACAACCUCAGCAGGAUCCCAACUCCAAUCUCGUCCGCUAUCUGCCCUUCGACGACGCUUUUCCUGACUCCUCCUAUCGUUCUUCGGCCUUUCGACCCAUCAACGCCCCGGCCCAUGACUAUCCUCCACCAAUCGCUCCUCGCUCUUUCCAACCUAUAAACCCCCAUCCCUCGUCGUUCUUUGCGCCCUCCUAUGCAAGUCUUCCUCCGCCGCCUCCGCCGCCUCCACCUUUCUGGACACCUCAGACGCAGCAAUCUCAACAUGGUUAUGCACAUCCCAUCGAUUUCUACUUCCAGUCCCAAGCCUCUUCCUUAGUCGCCGCCUCGCGUGCUUCUGCUCGCCCUUCUGUCCAUACACCUGGCCAUCAGUCAAAUACACGGCAGGGCCAUGUCAAAUUCUUACGUUCGGACCACAUUCAACAGCCACCACAGGACAAUCAGGAUCCUGAAGUCCGCACUCCCAGACCGUCCGACAAGCGCGCUCGUGUGUUUGGCAAACUACUCCGUCCGACCCCCUCCCUUCCAUACCUUAUGAACUCUCUCGUUACAGCUCCCAAGCUUGACCAGCCAAAAUCUCUGCUUGUCGUUCUAGAUCUAAAUGGUGUUCUAGCAUUUCGCAAGAAAAAGACUAGGGGUUACCACCCUAGACCCAACCUUGGCCAUUUUCUUGACUACUUGUUCGCCAAUCACCACGUCAUGAUCUGGUCAAGCGGUAUGCCCGACAAUGUUGAGCGUAUUAUGGGACACAUGCUCUCCUACGAACGACAACAAAAGCUUGUAGCCAUUUGGUCACGCGACAAGCUUCGCCUACCAGCCCAUCUGUUUUCCGAGAAAGUCCAGGUUUACAAGCAACUAAGCUGGAUCUGGGAAGACCCAACCCUGCAGAUGAAUGCACCGCUGGGAGGCUGGAGCCAGAGAGACACAGUGCUGGUUGACGAUUCAGUCGAUAAGGCAGCCGCUGAACCUCACAAUCUGAUAGAAGUGGAUGAGUUUACCAACAGUGCUGCCCAGCACGAGAACACAACUCUGUUAGAUGUCAUCGCAUAUUUGGAGCGUAUUCGCUGGUACGAUAACGUCAGUGCAGAGAUACGCGCUGCUCCAUUUGUUGCAUCUAAGGCUUGA